UAAUCCGAAUUUAAAUAACGGGGUGGUAUUUGUCUGAAGCCCGCCUCUUGCAAGUUCUUGUGUAGGCGGAAGUUGCAAAGCGACCUGGGGGUGUUCCUGCCGUUCUGUGUCAUUCCUGUCUGUCUGUGAGCGCGGAGGGGGGUUGACCGUCUACCAGAGCUCUGCACUUCACAUGUCCGUGUGUGGGCGCAGAGAGAAAGGAAGCUCUCCCGUCCGCCGGCUUCCAUACACGAACUACUCGAGCCUGUCGGGGCAACCUCACCGAACUCUCGGCGCCCGGGAUGAGAAGCCGACGCGGACAGCCUGAGAAGCUGCGCUCUCUGAGCACGUCGGGCUGAGAGCAGAGGCGUACUGCGAGCACUGCUCUAUCGACAUUCCCUCCUCGGAUCCCCCCACUCAUCUCCCCUUGCUGAACCGCCUGAGAAAAAUGGGGAACAGUUUCUCCAAUGUAUCGGCUUUCCAGUCCUUGCACAUUGUCAUGUUGGGGUUGGACUCGGCAGGAAAGACCACCGUUUUAUACAGGCUGAAAUUCAACGAGUUCGUCAACACGGUGCCCACCAUCGGCUUCAACACGGAGAAGAUCAAGCUGGGCAAUGGGACAGCCAAGGGCAUCAGCUGCCACUUCUGGGACGUCGGCGGCCAGGAGAAGCUCCGGCCCCUCUGGAAGUCCUAUAGCCGCUGCACCGACGGUAUCAUCUACGUGGUGGACUCGGUAGAUGUGGAGAGGCUGGAGGAAGCCAGGAGUGAGCUGCACAAGAUCACUAGGAUCUCGGAGAACCAGGGCACGCCGCUGUUGGUAAUUGCCAACAAGCAGGACCUGCCCAAGUCGCUGCCGGUGGCGGAGCUGGAGCGGCAGCUGGCGCUACACGAACUCAGCCCGUCCACCACCUGGUAUGUUCAGCCGGCGUGUGCAAUCAUCGGCGAGGGGCUGCACGAAGGCAUGGACAAACUGUACGAGAUGAUCGUGAAGAAGAGGAAGGCGUUGAGGCAGAAGAAGAAGCGGUGAUCGAAUGCGGGGAGGAAAGAAGGACCGGGACUUGGUGUUCAGCACUCUCGGAACCCAAAUGGGCUCCUCGGAGGUCCUGUAGAAAUGCACAGAUACACACAUACAUAUUUAUCUAAGCUAAAUUGAACUAAGUCAUACACCAACAGAAUGAACUGGCAGAAUCGGCGGCUUGACCCAAGUGACCAGUUCAGCGCAUUAGUGAAUGGAGAGUGGCUACGGACAGGAGGUGGGUGCACACUGUUUCUCGUUCGCCCUUCUGCGUAGCCCUGAUGGGCACGGGGCAUUUACAGUUUGGAACUUUUUAAUGCGGAUUCCACCCCGCCAUUUGCGAUCUCCAUGCACCCAGCCUUCUGCCUGAGAAAUGCAUUCGCCGUCCACACGCCGCUUUCCUUGCCGCCGUUCACACGGGUGGACCAGCGGGCUGCGGCACAGUAAAUCUCUCCUCGCCUCCUUCGGAAGGACCGGCCGUCAGCCUCGGAGCUGUUGGGGAGGGAGAUGAUCCAGAGGGGGUCAAGGUUCGACGAAAGAAGAGAAACAAAAAGGAUAUUACAGAAUGGAGCUUGUGCGGAAGGAGAACUGUAACCCCGAUCCUGACCCCGUGGCUCCUUGUCGCUAUAUUUUGAUUGUACCUUCUUAAGUUUAAUACUUUUUAGCCCAAUAUUAUAAGCUGAAAUAGGUAAGGCUGGCCCUCACCUUUACAUCAUUUAGGUACUGUAUUUAUCUGCAUGUCUUUGACGGUCAGAAUGAAUUACGAUCUUGGGAUAAUAAAGAACGAGCUUGUGAUACUAGGAUGAUGUGGUGCUUUCUGUCCUUCGCAGAGAUCGCCUGUUGUCUUGUUAUUUUUAAACUCACUGGCCUGUCCCAAUUUCAUUCUCCCGCUCUAGAUUCCAUCUCUACCGAGUACUAUCAUCCCUCAUUGGAACAGUGGCUGCACGAUUUCAAGCUCAGAUUUAUCAGUGGGUACUUACAAUGCAAAUCACAUUUGUAAAAAUAUAGCUGAUUAUUUCUCUAAUGUAAUAUUCUACCGAAACGAGUAAAUUACGUACAUUUGUGUGGCCGCUUAUGUGCAGGUACCUAUAUACCGUGCCCCGGCGUAUAUAGUUCAAUUGCGUUGAUACACACAGGAUAACGGUAAUUUUAUAGGGAAUAUUAGAUCUGUAGAAUAAUUGCUUCGUGUGCGCCAGUACUAUACACUAUACACUACACACACACACACACAUAGUUCGAUUAUGUACACACGAACACAUUUAUUAGAAUAUUAGAUUUGCAAAAUAAUUGCUAUCACCAUACAGGGAUAUUGUGUUCUGAUUUUAUUAAUAUCUAUAAUAAGAAUUGCAUUUGUUUGAUGAAAGCAUUUUCAAUAAGCCAUAUUUUAGUGCUUUUGAUGCUGACUGAAAUAUUGUUUUAUGUCAACAUCUCGUGUAUGCAUGCAGUGAGUAACUUUGGGGAAAAGGCUGAGGGAUAUAAGUGAGGAAUCUCCUUUAGGUGUGAGUUUGUAAGGAUAAGAUGAACCAGAAGCCUUUUAUCCACAGAUGAAGGGAUUUGCCCAUGACCACAGCAUUGCUCAAGUGCUGGAAGGUAAAAGAGCAAAUAAGGGGCAAUCAGUUGGGAGAGGGGCUGAGAAAUCAUCGCAGAUUCUGAUUUAUGUGCUGUUGUUGGGAACCGAUCUGCUGAAAACGAAGCUCAAUGCAGAAUGGAAAAUCAUACUUGACUCAUAUUAACUGUGUCAUUGCAGACAAAUUGUUCACGGUAUUUGUGCUGUAGCCAUGCUGUAACAAUGUCUGAGACUGGGGAUUCGAAGUUUAUAUCCGUGAAGUUGUGAAGGCUCGUACGCACAGAAAAGCAUUCCACGUCUAGGAUCUUUGCUCCCACCAAGCUUAUUUCAAACAAUUUGUAACCAAGGCAGCAUCUAUGGAGGGUCCAGCGGAGGUUCAUGAAAAUAUUUCAGGGAAUAAAAGGGUUAGCAUAUGAGGAGUGUUUGAUUGCUCUGGCCUGUACUGGCUGGAGUUUAGAAGAAUGAGGAAUGAGGGGGAAGCCAUUGAAACUUAUUGAAUAUUAAAAGGCCAAGAUACAGUGGAUGUGGAGAGGAUAUUUCUUACAGUGGGGGAGUCUAGGACCAGAGGGCACAACCUCAGAAUAGAUGGAUGUCUCUUUAAAACAGAGAUGAGUAAAGUCUUUAGCCAGGUGGCGGUGAAUCGGUGGCUGUGCAGGCCAAGUCAUUGGGUAUAUUUAAAGCGGAGGUGGAUAGGUUCUUGAUGAGUAAGGGCAUUAAAUGUUAUGAAGGGAAGGCAGGAGAAUGGGGUUGAGUGGGAUAAUAAAUAAACCAUGAUGGUAUGGCAGAGCAGACUUGAUGGGCUGAAUGGCAUAAUUCUGUUCCUAUGUCCUAAGGAGAGUAAACAGUCAACAUUUCAGGCCAAGACACUGAUAUGUUAAUAUUUGCUCCCCUCCAUGGCUGCUGCCUGAUGUGCUUGUUCCUCUUGCAUUUUGUGCGUGUUGCUCAAGAAUUCCAGCAUCUGCAGAAUCUCUUGUGUUACUAAUUGCUGCUAAAUCUGUUUGACUGAAUGCAGGUGACAGAUUAGUGCUCAUAUUCUAAGUAUGUUUGGAUGAGGGUGGAAACAUUUUCAGAGAAAAAUGUAUUUUACAACUCCCUUCUCAAUAAAAUGACAUUGUUUACUGUGGCCAGUUACAAAAAAAAAGAUAACGCUAUCUGCAGGCCUCACCUUGUAACUUAUGAUCCUUUGUAGCAAUUUAAAUCUAGCAAUUUAAGGGGAUUGACCAGUCAAAUUAUGAAUAGGAAACAUGAGAAGAUCUGCAGAUUAUGAAUAAAAGCUGCUUGAUCCUCAUGAUUAUAUAGAGACCAGGAAGAGGAUAAAUUUGCACACAUGAAAUCAGACAUUUAUGAAUUUACCUGUCUCUGUCUCAUUGCCCUUCUCACGAAGAACUCCACAAUCCCUUGGCAGUUCUUCAUUUUCACAUUGUUAAAAGGUUGAAAUGUUGAACAAUCCGGAUGUUUACAAAGGUAGGGUGGGCAUCACAUCUAAAGCGAAAAUACGUCUUACAGUCACUGUGGCUUUUUUUUGUUCCCUUAAUGCGUAAUGAACUUUUCCAAGCAUUCUAUGAAGGCACUGACCCUAUUAAAUGGAAAACAUUCUGAUCUACUUAACAACCUUUCACAAAGGCUGGUAGAUGCAUAUCUUUGUACAGGUUCUUCAUGCAUGCAUCUGCAUCAGUGUGCUUGCUUAUGCAUGCAUGCAUUUUAAUUGCAUGCAGUUGCGAUUAAACAGUUGUGUUUGCAUGUGAAAUAUAAGCACACAUGCAUACAUGUGUGCGAUCAUACAAUACAAACUACCUGUAUUUUCCAGAAAUAAUAAAUCAUCUUCUGUUGUUUACUUUUUAAUUUCUUGACAAUAGUUCACUGGGAGCAAAGCCAAUAUUAAAUUAGUUUGAUUUAAUUCGCUUUACCUACAACUUCGAUUCUCAGACUGCUGCAGCGAUGAGACAUAGAUCAUAUAGUUAAUUGCCUUGCACUUUCAAAUUUUAUUACUUUGUGGUGAAUCAAUAGGUGCUGUAGAAUUGUGUGCAGUUGACAAUUAGAUGUGGUUAUUUUGCAAAAGAAGCACAGGUCCUCUGAAUCUGUGAAUCUUCAGAGAUGUUGGAAAAAAUUAUCUAUUUUAGACAAGGAUACAGGAAUGUUUGGAUUUUAGCAUUAUUGCUGAU